GUAGCCAACUGCGUGGAGCUCAUACAUUCAUUCGUCUUGGGAUAAUCACUUGAAAAGUUGCUCUUUUUAGUGAAAAAAAAAAGUUGUGUUGCAAACUUGCAGAUUGGUCAUAUAGCUGGAUAAUUUUUUUGUCCAAGUGUAGUCCAUUUUGAAUGAAGUUGGGGUCUUUAUUGCUAUACAGACAGCACAGGGGUUCAUCUUUCCCCUUUGUAUGAGAGAGUGGUGAGGAGAGACUAGUUUGGUUGUUAGACUUUGCAUAUUUACCUGAAGGUCCUGAAGCUGAACUACUUGCAAACUCACUCAGUAAAGAUCUAGCUACAGAAAACAUGGUUAGUGGGAAGAGAGUGAUGAAGUAUAUAGAGAACACAACUAAUAGGCAAGUAACUUACUGCAAAAGAAGGUCAGGGAUUAUGAAGAAAGCUCAUGAAUUAUCCUAUCUUUGUGAUGCUCAAGUUUGUGUCGUCAUGUUUUCUGAAAGAGGCAAACUUCAUGAAUAUGUCAGUCCUUCUACUACGAUGAAGGAGUUGUUUGAUAGGUAUGAAAAGAACACUGAUAUAGAUCUAUCGCCUUCUGAAUAUGAGGCUGGUAAUGUAAAUCUCUUAAAGACUUUGGAAAAUGAAUUGAGAAAGCAGAAGGAGAUUAACAGUACGCUAAGGAAAGAGAUCGGGCAGAGGACUGGACAAGAGGACUUGAGUGAAUUUAGCUAUGGCCAACUGCUUGUUCUCAAGGGAGAUUUGCGUCAUUCUUUGGAAAUCGUUCGACAUCACAAGAUUAGAUCCGAGGAAGCACACAGAGGACUCCGCGUAAGGUUCCUCCAGGGGUCUCAUCUCAAUCCUCUCAAUGCAGUUCCAUCUCAAGUUACUUUCCAACUGCAACCAAGCCAGCACAAUCUUCAUGAUGCAGCAAGAUGAGAAUACUUCAAUUCCAACAGCUUGCUCUAGUACUCUAUCAACGAUCUGAGUAGUACUUAGGCAAAGUGUCAGAUUGUGUGACUAUGAGUUCAAAUUAUACUUUGAGCUAGUACUACGCAUUUUGGGAAUGGUUCGAAUGGAUGUUUCACCCGUGACUCCAAAUUGGUACUUUCAUAUUGAAUCUAUCUUUGACUCUUCGUGAUCAA